AUGCGAAUAUUUCAUCAAUUUUUUCUAGUUAUCUAUUUAUUAGUACAAUGCAUAUGGAUUGGAAAUAUUGAAUGUGACCCCAAAUCUCCAAGAUUUGGUCAUGCUGCUGCUUUGAUAAAUAACAAAUUAUAUAUAUAUGGAGGUAGAAUAAUAAAUCCACUUUCAUCACGAACAAAUCCAACAGAAAGUUUGACACAGAAGGAUGAUAUUAAUGAAUUAAUAAUGUUGGACUUAUCAACUUCAUUCGAUUCUUCAAACCCUAACUUUAACGUUAUUACUCCUAGCAAUGCGCCAAAUAUUUCUUUUCAUGGUAUGUCGGCGGGAGGUUCAAAUAAUCAAUUGAUGGUUGUAUGGGGUGGUGAAACAACAAAUUCCACGACUUCCAAUUCAUUGUUAUAUUUUGACACAACAUCUCAACAAAUGAUGCCACAAGAUUCUUCGAAUGCGCCUAUCGGAAGGAUCGGCCAUUCAAUGGUUACAGGGAUCAAUAGUUCUAUGGUCUAUAUAUUUGGCGGAUACGGUGGUUCAGGUAGUUCUUCUGAUCAGAUAUUGGGGUCAACACAAACACCGGGUACUAUUUAUAACAAUAUGUAUGGAUUGGAUACAUCGAAUUCUGUUAGCAUUAAUUUUAUACCCGAACAGCAGAGUACAGCUCCAGGAAGAGUACAACAUUCAGCUACAAUUUUGAGUAAUGGAAAAAUUUAUAUAGUUGGUGGUCUUAUUCUUUCUAGUAAUGGAGGACCUUUAGCCUUAGCUUCUAUGUCUGAUAUAGAUAUUUUUGAUACCAUAGCUAGCAGUUGGAAUAAGUCGACAGUUACAAAUUCACCUCCAGAUCGAAGACUUCAUGGAGCUGUUGGAACAUCUGGCAACAAGAUUAUAAUUUUUGGAGGAGCGAAUCUUACUUUACAAAAAUAUAAUGAUAUUGCAGUAUUAGAUACAUCCAAUGACGCUUUAUCUUGGACUAUACAAAAAUCAAGCGGAACUCCACCCUCACCUUGCUAUUCACAUGGUUUUAUUUUAGCAGGAAACAAUGCUAUUGUUGCAUAUGUUGGUUUUAAAAUUUCACCAAAUAAUGACGCUGAAAAAAUUUGUAUGAUUAUUUUUUCAGGAAAUGCCGAUAACUUUACAAAUACGAAUAUUUUCAUAUUAGACAUAACAAGCUACACUUGGAAAACUCAAUACAAUCCUCAAAAUCUUCCACCCCCCAGUAACUCCAUAACGAAUUCCAAAACGAAUUCCAAUCAAUCUAAAGCAAUUAAUAUUCCCGCCCUUGUAGGCGGAAUAGUUGGUGCUAUAGUAUUGGCUGCUGCAAUUGCUGGAUUGAUAUUUUGUUUAAUUAGACGACAAAGAAAAAAACAACCUUCGUUUAUGACGACACAAUAUGAUAGAACUCAAGCAGCAGCACCACCAGUUAUGGGUCCUGCACCUGUAAACGAUGAUUUACCACCAACUAUACCACCAUUUACAGCUAGUUUUCAAAAAGAUGGAAGCCUUGGUAGUGAUACAAGAGUUCUUAAUUCAGCUGAUCAACGUUCUUCUUUCGCCAGUUCACAUAGUCUAUCUAAUAGAUCAUAUGGUGAACAGUUGGAUACUGGAUAUAAAUCUGGUGAAUAUUUAUCUAAUUCUGUACCAAUUCAUUUUGAGGAUAAUCAUUCACAACAAUCAUUAAAUAUGCAAUCAUAUUUACCAGAAAAUUAUUCAACACAAACAUAUCCUCCACCACCAGAAACAUAUCCUCCAUUACCAGAAACAUAUCCUCCAUUACCAGAAAAUUAUCCAUCACAAACAUAUCCACCACCAGAAACAUAUCCUCCACUACCAGAAAAUUAUCCAUCACAAACAUAUCCUCCACCAGAAAAUUAUCCAUCACAAACAUAUCCUCCACCAGAAAAUUAUCCGACUACGCCAUUAUCAAUAAAUACUAAUUUAGCGCAAGAACAUUCUUCACAAAGUGGAUUUUAUAAUAUACAAGGACAAUCGUAUAAACCACCUUCACAUUCAUCUCAAGAGAAUUUAUAUCGUCCUGAUAAUAGAUCGUCAUCACCAACCCAAGUAACACCAGAAGGUGAUAGUAAUGAAGGUGUUGGGUUUAAAAGUCCUUUAUUUAGAAAUGAAACAUUGUCACCACUAGCGGGUACGGCAACAACGAUACCCAGUGAUUCUAGACCACUUAGUUUAAGAACUGCAGCUAGAAUGAGUCAACCUAUAGGUGGAACAAGUUCAGUUGUACAACCUAGAGGACCUAGUAGUAGUAAUGAAGUGAGAGAUGAUACACCAAAAGGUCGACUAUUUGUUUCAAAUCCUGACCUGGAUUACGAAA